UGUAAUGACCUCUGACCUUUCAUAUCGUCUGCCGUUGCAACACGAGUCGCAAUUUCACUCCCAAUUUCAUGUUUUUACGGCGAAUUUCCCCCAGACUUGGUACUUUUUUGUUGGGCGAAAGGUCCGUCCUGUGUAGAAGUUUCGCCAUGCAGCGUUGUGUUGUGAGAUGCGUGCCAGAAGAGGAGAAAAUGACGAUAUCGUACAGGUUAGGGGAGCGGCAGAGAAAUCUGCUCAGGGCCAAGACGGAGACUUUGGGAGGCGCUCUGAACAGAAUAGUCUUCAACGCCACCAAGCACCUGAACAAAGGAAAGAAGAAGAAGAAAGCAAAACUAGAAGGUGCAAAUGCAGAAAGCGAGAGUAAUGCCAUCACUGCUCAGCUCAUCUUCAACAAGGUGAAAGUUGAAGAUGAUGUCCCCAACUCAGAGGCUUGGCAGGAAGGCGCCAUUUUAGAAAUAGGGGAGGACAGAUAUGUGGUGAGCGUGAACCCCCCUAUGGUGAAGUCGGUGGUCCUGCCCAUUUCCAUCAUGGCAGGCUUUCCUGUGUUUCCCAGACUAGACCUUGACUUUGCCAGUCUAGAGGAUUCCUCCUAUACCUGGUACAGAGAGGACACCUCAAACCCAACCCCUUCAACAAGUACAGCUAACUCAGGAGACUCCAAAAGGAAAUCUAACGAAGACAACAAACAAACAAACUGGAUCCAGGCUUCUCACGACCUCAUUUACACCCCAGUGAACUCUGACAUCGGGUCAAGGUUAAAGUUCACCUGCACCCCGAGGCAUGAUGGGAAGGAGGGCGUUACCAUGGAGACGGUGACGUCAUGUCAGGUGGAGGCUGGACCGGGACUCUGUCCGUUUGAGAACAGACACAUGUACACCAAGAAAAGGACAGAAAAAGGAUGUUUCCGAGUGGUAUCCUACAACAUCCUGGCAGACGUGUACGCUAAAACCGAGCUGUCCCUGACGGUGCUGUACCCGUACUGUCCUCCGUACGCCCUUGAGCUGGACUACAGGAGACAGCUGCUGCUCAAGGAGCUCGUAGGUUACAAUGCAGACCUGCUAGUCCUCCAGGAGACAGGGAAGACCCUGUUUACUGAUGCCCUGGUCCCUGCUCUGGACCUGUCCGGUAUGGAGGGAGUGUUCAUGGGGAAGGGACAACAGUCAGAGGGGGAGGCUGUCUUCUACUCUAAGGACAAGUUCAGGUUGUUAAGUCAGGAUGACAUUGUCAUUGGUGAGUGCCUGUCCAGCGAUCCCUGCUGUCAUGACCUUCACAAAUGGCUGUCCCACAGUCCUGCUGUCCUCAACAAGGUCGCUUCAGGGUCAACUGUCUUACAGGUGGUGUUGUUAGAAUCUGUAGAAGACCCCAGUAGAAGACUGUGUGUGGCAAACACUCACCUGUACUGGCACCCCCGGGCUCCUCAUGUCAGACUGAUACAGAUGGCCGUGUGUCUGAAGUUUCUGGAGAAGGUUGUCAACUCUAACUCUACUCAGGACAGCAGUGUUUCCCUGCUGCUGUGUGGUGACCUGAACAGCCACCCGACCUCUGGGCUGUACCAGCUGCUGACCAGUGCAGCUGUCCCAGCAUCCCACUCAGACUGGUUCCCUGCUGAACCACAGACCACUGAAGAGGGCGUUGACCUGUCCCACCCCUUCAGUCUCACCAGCGCAUGUGGGAUCCCGGACUAUACCAACUACGUAGGGGGGUUCCAGGGCACCCUGGACUACAUCAUGAUUGACACCUGUCAGCUGGCCGUCAAUCAAACCAUCCCCAUGCCAACGCACGAGGAGGUGACAGCUAACACUGCGCUGCCAAGUAUUGUGUUUCCGUCAGACCACAUUGCCAUUAUAGCAGAUAUCGAGUGGAAGAAGACAUAGUAUGUGUCUAUUUUUAUUGUGUUGCAAAAUAGACAUUCAUUUGUGUGCAGGUU